GCCAUGGCCAUCAUCGUUGGAGACUCCAAUGGUCUCACCAGGUUUAGCUCCCUGGAGUACCAGGCAAUCAUGUUCGUCCUUGCAAUUCUGAUGAGCGUGAGUUGGGCCUUAGUGGAGAUCGUCAUGAAGCGUUUUGCGCUGCUUCCGGUGCUCUUUCCCGGAGUGUUUGCCAUCCGUGAGAAGCGGCUAUACUUCUUCGACAUCGAAGUCAACGAAGUGUCCGAUGGCAAAGCGCUUAGAUGGGAAGCCAUGAUGAUCACCCGGCUCACGGUGAUUGUAGUCCUCUCCUACCUCUGGGAGUCUUGCGUGUUUCAGACAACGACACACGUCGGCAAGGACUUUCCCCUGGAGGAGUGCAGCCGCGGCAUGGAUUGCUUUGCAUCAGAGCUGCGGAUACAGACCUUCAUCAGCCGGAAUCAUCUGCCGGUGAACUGUAGCACCCCAGGGGUGAAUGCUGCCGACCCUUUCUUUGACAAGCAGGUGGUCGUCUCCUGUGUGAUGUUUGUCACGCCAUCCCUGACGCAGUGGCUGAUGCACCUGGCGAUCGCGCACUCUCAGAUUCAGAUGACGCUGAAAGCUUUUGGUGUCCUCGUUUGGUCCUGCGGGCAGUACUCCUGGUUCUCGUGGGUGAUCCUUGCGACCAGCGUUGUUAGCUUCAUCAUCGUUUGCGGCCUCACCUUCGGUGGAGUGAUGACGAACUUCAACUCUUCCUGGUCUGGCUUCGUCAUUAGCUUUUCCUUCCCGGUCUUCUUCUGGAUUGUCUGGAACUGCGGGCGGAUCCUGCAGCAUCUCUGGAUGCAGGACUCCAAGCGAAUGCAGGAGUCCAUCGAGGAGAACCUCAGCCUCGCCUUGAAGGAUCUGGCAAGGAGGGCCGGGGCCGUCGAGUCUGGGGAGACGGAGGAGGACCGAAGAGAGAGCUUCACCAGGAAGAAGGGCUACUUCUCCUCCAUGAAGACCGUCUUCAAGCUGCCCUCCAUACUGAAGCAGAGAGGGAGCAGCGCUUCGACCGCCAGCGGAUCAGAGGCCGUUUCAACCGGCGCCCACACAACGGCUCUAACGGGCCUGGCGCUGAAGGAUGCCGACAAGGCUUGA